AUGACACUGUGAGGAAAUAUGUAUUUAGCGCUUAACUUCUCAACUUCUGCCGAUUCCAACCUGUCAGGCGUUGACCCUCAGAGACUGCAGGAACUGGCUCACCGGUCUGUUAAAGUAAGCAUUAUUAUCGUUUUGGGCGCGAUGAUAACUUUGGGAAAUAUUGCAGUUCUCCUGGUUAUUACUUCCACCGUGGCUGGUUGGUCAAGAAACUCUCGGUACUUUCUCCUCUCUCUCACUGCUGCAGACUCCGCGUUUGGACUGCUGGUCAUGCCCUUGAAUCUCUCGGUGAGCCUGCUAAAGGACUACACCGAAGGGCCAGAUGCUCUUUGUCACGUCGUGGCCUUUUUCAAUGCCACCGUCUACUCCACCUGCAUGUAUACACUGGCCACGAUAAGCCUGGAGAGGUACAUUGCAGUGUUUUACCCGCUGAAAUAUUCAUCUCUGUUGACAAGAAAAAGGACCCUCCUCCUGAUUGCCUUCGCCUGGUGCUUCCCUCCCUUUAUACUGUCGCCAAUAUCAUUCCCAGGUGGCAUUAUCGAGGUUCAUUUUUCAACCGCAUCCCUGGUCUGCAAUCCAUCCUACUCCACAAAUGCUGUAUACUCCCUGAGCUUGACAUGCUUUAUAUUUUUCCCCUGCUCCAUCAUCAUGACUUACGCAAACAUGAGAGUGUGGUGCGCGGCAAAGAGACAGAGACUGAAACUGCGCAAAUACGACUCUGCGCGUCGCAGGAGACACAAUAUGGCAUCCAAAGUGCUUGUGCCUGUGAUGGCAGCCUACUACACUUGUUGGACACCCUGCAUGGCAGCUAUGAUCUACAAUGCAGUGUCUGGCAGCAGCGCACCAGAGUGGAUUGAGUUUGUGGUGGUAUGGCUGCCCACCUCCAACGGUUUCCUCAACUGCAUCUUCUACUUCUGGGUGAACCGAAACUUCCGCAGGAAAUUCCACCUCGUACUUCAAAGGCUCUUUCUGGCCCUCUGUCCCAAACUGGCUGACACCUUUGGAUGCUGCAGCGCUUUAAAGACACAGUUUGUGUCAGGAAUUCUGGAUAAUAACAACAGCGUCCAUGAGCGUUCCUCCAGCGUAUCCUCCACAUGCACCUUGUUGAGUUUGGCUUAGGUUGUCUGGCCCAGAAGACCACCACUGGCAUGGCAGGAGACGUCGUCAGCGACCUCUGUGCUGUCUUGUAAUGUCCGGCUGGGUAGGUCAACUCGCGUCAAAUGAUUGACAUAUCCCUAAAUAAGUUAUCAAAUGUAAGAUGUGAGUCACAUGGGUUGCGAUGCAGACAGACAGGUUGGCACUUAGACAGGUUAUCAUGGCAAGUACUUGAAAUAACCACUGUACAAUCUAAAUCUUUGUGAUUUGAGUCAUUGUAUAUUUUUCUAAUUGUUUUAUUAAACGGUGUUCAGUUGAGCAGAACACAGGCUUAAUUUAUAACUUAUUUGGAUUUUGUUUUGUUUUACCCAUGCACACAGUCUUGAUCCACUGUCAGAGACGGCAUAUUAAACCACCUUUUUAGUUGUUUUUUAGUUAGUUGUCAGCCGUGUCUGUGCCCCAGAAAUGCCUAUUUUGUAUUCCAGCUAUAGAACCGAUCUUUUAACUUGUUGCUUAGGUCAACACAUCUCACCUCACAUUUGAAGUUGGUCAAUUGGAUAAUCACAAGAAACUGAAAUUUAGACACCUAUUCACAAAUGUGUGAACUAACACCACGAUCCGAUUAGAAGUGCUUUGAAGAAUUAAAGCCAUCAAACUCUCCUUCAAAUUAAACAGUGAGUCGAAGACCUUGACAUAUAACCGCUGGGAGAAGGUAACCUUUAAGUCACGGCAUUUAAGUGUAUGCAAGGAGAAAACUCAUUAUGCAGGUACGCUGUAGAAAGGUCACCGCAUUUGUGCUGGAAAGAGAUAACUUUGGUAACUUCUGAGGCUGCGGUUGUUUAUUUUGAUAUUGGGUCCAAGAUCGUCCGCUCAGUAAUGCAGUACAACAGUCACGGUGAAGAUUGAUUUAGAUUUAAAGUUAAUCGGGGUAAGAAUAUUUCCAAAAACAUUAACAAACAAAAAUUCAGAAAUUUUAUGCAACUUAUUUUAGCCUUUGGGUUUCCACAUCAUUCAUGUUUGUGCAUAUGCAAAUGUAUUAAGCAUCAGAAGGUAUGUCACUAAAUAAUGCUAAAACAACUAAUUUAAUAUUGACCUUUUUAUAUGAAUGUUGUGUUACGUUUCUAAAUUUCAUAUUUUUAUAAAUAAUGAAAAAAAUAACAAUAAUGUAUUUGUUUAUGGAUGAUCUAUGAAAUAAAGUAUUAUGCCAUUUAAGUCUGUC